AUCUACUACAAUCUUAUUUCCACCUUCAAUCUUAUGACAGUUCUUUUCUUUUGGUUUUGACAAUUCUUAUUCUUUCAUAACACACAAAAUAUGGCUCAAAGCAGGCUAGAAAAAAUUGGAACAAUUUUCUCCAGAACCACCGGACUACUCCGGUCAGGUGCUAUGAAGACCGAGGACAAACCAAUAUGGUACGAUGUUUAUGCUGCAUUUCCCCCAAAAGUUGAACCUCGUUUUGAUCGGCCAAUUCCAAAUAUGCCAAUUAAGAAAAUAUUCUACGCCGAAGAUGUUGUUAGAGCGAAAUACCAUAAAAUGAUAAAAUCCAAUGAAACUAUAAACUUAUCCGAUACAAGACGUGAAACAAACACCCAACAGUUCAUUGCCAUUUACAACAAUUUAAAGUCACAAGGAGCUUUGGAUGACGAGAAAAUUCUGGAAACUGCAAAGGAGCUGUUGGAAGAGAAAUUAGCUACCAGGAGAUCAACUGCGGAAACAACAGAAGGAGAAAAGGAAGCUAGCGUUGGUGCUGGUUUGACUGAUAGUUUUGCGGAUGCUAAACGUGUAAAGGAUACAACUCCAGGGGCACCUGUGGAUAUCCAAGAUUUGUUUAAGAACUAAGAUUGUUAUAAUUUAAAAUAAAAAACAUUAAAAAACAAGAAAA